AUGACUGCUCAUCUCAAAGGAGAAAAAACUCAAGUUUUACCUGACUUUCUACAUCUGAAUGACCUGGCGUGUGAGGCUGUAGGAGGAAAGAUUAUAUUUGCAACGGAUGACUUUUUUGCUCCUGCGGAGAAUCUCUUAAAGAAGAAGAGUCCAGUUCUUAAACCAGAUGAAUUUACUGAUUAUGGAAAGUGGAUGGAUGGAUGGGAGACAAGGAGGAAAAGGAUUCCAGGACAUGAUUGGUGUAUUAUCCAGUUGGGAGUACCAGGUAUUGUCCAUGGAUUUGAGGUAAACACAUCUUUCUUUGCUGGAAACUGUGCUCCUCGUAUAUCAAUUCAAGCAGCAUGUCUGACACAAGUGGAUUUACCAGAGUUUUGGCCAAGAGGGGACAGGAUAGGAACUGCAGCUUCAGAUGAAGAGUUAAAAGCUGUCAAGAAGAUGAAGUCAGAUGAAUGGACUCUUCUGGUUCCUAUGAAAGAGUUGAAACCAAGAUACCUUGAUACUAGCCUCAAUUAUUUUUCUGCCAGUUGUAAGAGGAAGUGGACUCACAUAAGGCUCAAUAUCUAUCCAGAUGGUGGGAUUGCACGUUUCAAAGUGUAUGGUGUUGUUCAGAAAGACUGGUCAACUUCUGGCCCAAAUGACUUGGAUGACUUGGUGGCAAUGGAGAAUGGAGGUAUUUGUGUUGGAUUUAGCAGCGCUCAAUUAGGCCACCCAAGAAAUAUUCUAGGGCUAGGAAGAGCAACAUCUAUGGAAGAUGGUUGGGAAACAGCAAGAAGACCGGACAGGCCACCAGUUUUAAAACCUGAUGAGAAAGGUAUCCUCCUCAUGCCAGGGAGUGAAUGGGCAGUUUUCCGGCUGGCACAUCCUUGUCUAAUAACUCACAUUGAAAUAGACACUAAUCACUUUAAAGGUAACUUUCCAGAUACUUGCAAACUCGAGGCCUGUGUUUUGAACACAGAAGAAGAAAAAGAUUGUAUAACACAGAAAUGGAACCUUAAUCCAAAAUGGAACUCUUUGCUUUCUGUUACAAAGCUUAAGCCUAACAAGAGGCAUUUCUUUGAUGGUACUGCCCUACAAAUGCAGGAUGUAAUCACUCAUGUGAGACUUGUUAUUGUUCCCGAUGGAGGUGUAAGUAGGAUGCGUCUCUGGGGUUUCCCACGGACUCUGCUUUAUACAAGUAAAUGA